GCAGCAAAUCACAGAGCAAGCUUGUAGCAGUCCAACUUCCACAGUAGCUGUUGAGAUGGCAAAUAAUAAAGACUUGACCUAUUUGCGUGUCUUUGUGAGAGUUGUAGCUGGUGGAAGUACCUCCAUAGAGCCGGCAACAUCAGUUGAACUAAUUGAGAAGGACUGUGAUGUCAAAUCUCUGAAAAUCAAAGUGUUGGGUGCAGAAUAUAAUCCAGAUAACUAUGUUUUUGCUUUCAAUAUGAAUGGAGUCAUAAUUCCUGAUGAUAGCAGUUGCAAAAUUCUAAAAGAUGAUGAUUAUCUUUUAAUUUGCCAAGCAGAGCAGUUGACACAACUCUGUGAUACGUCUCCAGAACAUAUUGACACUUCUUAUUUUGACAUAUGCCAAUUGAAUGCUAAAGAUCCAGAACGACAGAUCAUUGAAUUGGAUGGGGAAAGCCUGACUUGUGAAGAUCUUCUCUUAGUAGGAUUGAAGAAGGCAAAACUUAAACUUUCGUCAAAGACUAUUGAUAACAUCAAGCGAUCUAGACAUGUAGUAGAUGAUGCUGUGAAGAAUAAUAAAGUUGUCUAUGGGGUGUCGACUGGAUUCGGGUGCUUCAAGAACAAAGUUAUAAAGCAAGAUGAUAUAUGUGAGCUCCAAGAAAAUCUUAUCACAUCACAUGCCACUGGAGUUGGACCACCUUUAAAUAGAAUGAGGACAAGGAUGCUAUUUGCAUUGCGUAUUAAUGUCAUUGUUAAAGGUUACAGUGGUGUUCGCUUGGAUAUAAUUGAGUCAAUGAUUGAAACACUUAAUGCUGAUUGUUUGCCUUAUGUUGCUGAGAAGGGCUCUGUUGGUGCAAGUGGUGAUCUUGCUCCACUUAGUCACCUCAUACUUGGUUUAAUGGGUGAAGGGCAAAUGUGGAGUCCUAAGACAGGCUGGGGACCUGCUGCUCAGGUUCUCAAAGCAAACAAGAGGGAACCCAUUACAUUGAAAGCAAAAGAAGGGCUUGCACUUAACAAUGGGACACAGAUGAUCACUGCUCUUGGAACUGAAGCUGUCUGUCGUGCUGAAAUGAUUGCUAAACAGUCUGAAAUUAUAGCUGCUAUGACGAUUGAAGUCUUGAAAGGUGUACCAGAGCAAUUUGCUAAAGAUGUUCAUGAGAGUCGCCCUCACCCUGGACAGCUCUUGUCAGCAGAAAGGUUAAGUAAGCUACUCCACAAUAAAGAUGGCUCAGUAUCAACAUUGAUAGGAUCUCGUCAAAAGAAUGAAGAGGAAAAUCCAGAUAAAGCAAAGAAGGUUCAAGAUCCUUACUCCCUUAGAUGCAUACCACAAGUACAUGGUGUUGUACAUCAAACAAUUGCUUUUGUCAAAAACAUCAUUUCUACUGAGCUAAACAGUGCAACAGAUAAUCCAUUGAUAAUGAUCAAUCGUGAUGUUCCAGGUACAGCAUCAGCAGGACACUUUCAUGGUGAAUACCCAGGAAUGGCAAUGGAUCAUUUGGCUAUAGCUGUACAUGAGCUUGCAAGUAUUAGUGAGAGAAGGAUUGAGAGGCUUGUGCAUCCAGAUUACAUAGCUGAAUUGGGUCUUCCUGGCUUUCUUGUUGGUGGUAAAGAAGGAUUAAACAAUGGAUUUAUGAUACCACAUUACACUGCUGCAGCUUUAGUAUCAGAGAACAAAGUCCUGACACAUCCUUCAACUGUUGACUCCAUUACUACAUCAGGAGGGUCAGAGGACCAUGUGUCAAUGGGUACUUAUGCUGCAAGGAAGGCACUGAAUGUUGUUGAAAAUGUGGAAAAUGUUCUUGCUAUUGAGUUGCUUGCUGCAUGUCAGGCAUUGGACUGUCACAGAUCUUUACAUACAACAGAAGAUCUAUCUCCAACUGACACACUAUCUAAAGUUUAUGAUUUGGUUCGCAGUCAUGUCAAAGCACUGGGUAGAGACAGGUUUAUGUCUCCUGAUAUUGUAGCAGUUGCUAGACUCCUCCAAGAAGGGCUGGUUUGGAAGGUUGUGAAAGGUGAAAUCUCCACGUUUCCUACUGGUUUGGUUAGCGAAACAAGGCAAUACAAUUAAAAAAUUGCCAAUGCUUUGACUUAAUUUGUUACUAAUAAUUGCUAAUUACAGACUGUAGUUGAUUGAGUGUAUUUAGAUCAAAAUUGUCAUUAAACUUGUUAAUGUCAAUUCAUUGCUAAAUAAUAUAUCAUCAAAAA